GCUGCGGCGGCUUCCGGCGGGAGGAGCGGGCUUCCGGCACCCCUGGCGCCCUGGCAACGGCGCCAUGCCCGUCUGGGUGCGCGAUUUCAGUUGGGAGCAGACUGCGGACGCCGUGCGGCUGACUGUGCCGCUGCGGGCCGGCCGCCUCAGCCGCCACGGCCUCUUCUGCACGGAGCGGUACCUCAAGGUGAACGCGCCGCCGCUGCUCUUCGAAGCCGCGCUCUUCGCCCCCAUCGACGCCGAGCGCAGCCGCGCCGAGAUCCGGGAUGGCUGCGUCGUCUUCACCCUGCUCAAGAAGGAGGCGACCCCGUGGGCGUCCCUGCGGGCGGAGGACGGGAACGAAGCAAAGAUGCGGGAAAUUCGCGAGGAGGCUGUCCGCCAAACUCAAGAGGAGGCCCGAGCGAAAGCAGCGGCGAAGUGUGCAGAGAAACGGGAACGCGGCAGACUUGCUCUGGAUGCCGCCAUCAAGCUAGAAGAAGCAGAAAGAAAAAGAAUAGAGGAGCUAAAAGAACAAGAACGGAAAAAAGGCACUGAGGAGAUUGAGGCGUGGAGGAGGCAGAAUGAGAUGCAAAAGAAAGUAUGUACUAAGUUGCAACUGCCAGAUAGAAAUACAGAAGUCCUUGGAGAAAUAAAAGAAUGCCAGAACUUGGAAUCUUUUGCUGGAAAGGGAGUGGCCACAUCAAGAGCAUUAACUAAAGGUGGAAAUUAUGGAAAUAUGUUUUCAGAAAAGAUAAAGGAAGAUUCAAUUCCUUCUCCACGUCAUCCUGGUAGCAUUGUGAUACAUUUUACGCCUCGUGUCUUUCCAACAGCCCUCAGAGAAUCACGAAUCCCAGAGGAGGAAGAGUGGCUAUGUAAACAAGCAGAGGCUCGCAGGAUAAUAAAUGCAGAUAUUGUUGAGAUUGAGGAUUUAAAAGAAGAGGAAAAGAACCCAGAGUGGUUGAAAGACAAGGGAAAAAUGUUUGAAACUGGUAACUAUCUGGCUGCCGUCAAUGCUUACAAUUUGGCAAUUCGUAUUAAUAAUAAGAUACCAAUCUUAUAUUUGAACCGAGCUGCUUGCCACCUGCGGCUGAGAAAUCUACAUAAAGUAAUUGAGGAUUCCUCUCAGGCCUUGGAUUUGCUCACCCCUCCUGUUUCCAAUAAUGCCAAGGCAAGAUUAAAAGCUCACCUGAGGCGUGGAACAGCAUUCUGUGAACUGGAAUUGUAUACAGAAGGUCUUCAAGAUUAUUUGGCUGCUCUCAAGAUCGAGCCUACAGAUAAGAAUAUAGAACAGGAUGUGGAGAAGAUUCGGCGCAUAAUUCAAGGCAACCAAUAGAAAAAUUCUUCUGGCAAGUUUAGAUGAUUUUUUGGUACCAGAUGUUCUUCUCUUGGGCUGGAGCAUCACUCUCAGGACGUUCCGGGGCUUUCCUGGGGAAGAGGCUCCUGCUGGGCCCAAUAAAGCCGCCGCUGCUGCUGCUUCUC